GUUGUAGCAAAGUUAAUGGGACUGGAAGAACUCCCAAAUUGCACACAAGCUUGUGAUACUUCUUCGCAGAUGUCUUGCAUGAGUGAUGGAUAUAACCAACACCAAAGUCUAGUUUCCCCCAUAACAAGAAACCAGUGCUUGGGGAAUUCUAGAAGGGACAAUGCCUUAAUCGAAAAUUCACGAUUUUCACUUAAACCAAUCCCAUGGAGGCAACCUGAUGCAAGCCAAGAUCCUGAUUUACAAGUUUCCAAGGGAAGUGAGACUUUGACAACAGCUUCAAAAUCCUUCCACUCUGUAUAUGGCGAAAUUGAGAAAAGGAUUGCAGAUCUUCAAUUUAAAAAUUCAGGAAAGGACCUCAGAGCCCUUAAGCAGAUUCUAGAAGCAAUGCAGAGAUACAAAGAUUCACUAGAUAUUACAAGAGACCAGGAAAUAAAUUACCCUUCUGACAGAGGUCUGAGUGAAAGCUCGGAACUACAGACCCCAAGACAACAGACCAACCCAACAUUUGUCACUGAUGAUAUUUCAAGUUCACCCCAGGGUAGAAAGUUUCCAAUUAUCAUCAUGAAGCUAGCACAAAUCUCAAGGAAAUCCAAUGUCGCUACCAAAGAAAUGACUAAUGGCAAAUCAGGCCGCAUCAAGUUUUCUACCAAUGAUCCCAAAGAUGGAAGAUUGCUUGACAAUAUUGAAAGUCAAAUAGCAAAAGGAACCAGUUCAACAAAUCCUUUUAGUCAACGCUUCCAUUCUGCAGAUAAGAGUAACAUGAAGAAAACUUCAAAAUUAAUGCAAGCCUCAAAAGUCCCUCAGGUCAUCAAUGGAGAGGACACCAAUAACUCCAGCCAUACAGCAGAAACUAGAAGCCCAAGAGUACAAAAUAAGUUUGGUUUUGAAAAGUGUUCACCUACAAACCAAUCAUCAGAGUCCAAAAGUAAAAGAAGACAACACAAGCAAUCAUCAGAGUCAUUGUCCCUAAGUUCCACCCCUAAGCAAAAAGUUUGUACCUUGCAGCAAAGAAAUGAAGGCUUCAGCAAGAUCCGGUGUCAAAAGAGGAACUUUAAGCAUCAAGUUGAUGUUAUUUCCUCCAAUGUUGACAGCAACAGAAGCAUGGAUUCUCACCGUGACAUAGAGGGCACCCAAGCUGAUCAUUCUGAAAGCAACAACAUCAUUUCCAUUCAACAGGUGACUCACAUGAAUCAAAAUACUGCUACAAAGGAGCUAAGCAAGGAAAGUGCUAUGGCCAUGAUAACAGUUACUUCAGAACAACAAAGUCCAGUUUCUGUUCUUGAUCUACAAUUUUACAGUGAAGACCCACCUUCUCCAAUUAAAAAGAAGACAGAAACCUCAAAAGAUUUAGAUGAAGCUUUAGCCACUCCUGAUAACAUAAGGCAUGCAUUGGACCUUCCUCUUUCAUUCAAUAACACAAAGGCUAAAAGAGUAUAA